CGACUUCGACUCGAAAAAAAACUUUCGUGCGAGACAGACGUGUGUGACGGAGCUGCGCUUUUAUAUUCAAACCCGAACCCAACUGUUGACUGCAACUUUGGCGCGACUUUUCGCGAAGUGAACGAGCUGAAAGCCAAGCGAAAUUAGAUGUGAAACAAGUGUGAAUGGCAGGCUGAAGAAAAAAGAGAAAUAAGGUGCAUAUGUGCAGCAAGUGUAACGAUACCCAAUACCCAGGCUUAAAAAAAAAAUAAAAACAAAAAAUCAAAUACAAGUAAUACCCCUUAGUGGCCAGUAGCCAUGUCUACGAAACUGGAGCAGCAGCACUCGAAGCCCAUUCUGAGUCCAACUCGAUCCCUGGACGAAGGUUUCGAAAGUGAUCCGGAUCGGGUUUCCACCGAUUCGGAGCAUCAGACAUCUGGAACCAAUAGCACCAGUGCUGGCAACAACAAUGCAGCCAACAACAACAGUAACAGUAACAAUGCCAGCAAGCUGGCGCAGCUCAGUUCGGCGGCCACUGGGGGCGCCACUAAGACAACGGCUGGAGCCACUGCAUCCAGUGCUUCUAUGGCAAACUCUGGAAAUGUCAGGGGCGCACUUACUUUGGCCGCCCCCCAGCUGCAGAGGCGGGAGUUCUUCAAGGAUCAGCCCAAGCUGCGGCAUCAGGCACCGCCCCCACAACAGCCACGCCUCCAGUACCAAAAACAACGACAACCCCUGGUGCCCAGUUCGGCCUCCAGUGUUCACAAUCAUCGGUUAACCUCGUCGAUUCAGGGAUCUUCGGGACCGGGAAAUAAUUUGGGAACCGGAACCGGAACCGGAACUGCCAACUAUCGCCGCGGGCGCCGGCUUCACAUUAAUCCCCCUCGAAACGCCCUACGCUCCCACUCCGUGGACGCCAUAUCGCGACCCAAUCGACAUGGUUACGACCCCAGUAGCCUGAUACUGAAACACGACGGGAAUGGUAAUAUAAGCACCAGCAACGCUGCAGGCACAGCCCGUAUGUUGAACUACAAGACCACGGGCGGAGGCAGUUCAGCCGGAACCUCAACAGCCGGACAGGCCUUACUCGUCCAACCGAUUUCCAGUGCCACCCUGUCUCCGCUGGUGGCUGCUGGCGUGGUCGAUGUGGUCGAAGGAGGUGGCUCCUCGCCGGUGAUUGCCUCCGCCACCCACAGCCUGUACACCUUCUAUCCGGCGGAGGGGAAUCUGCAGGUGUGGCAGACGGAGUGCGGCGACCUCACCUACAAGUCGUCCCGGAAUAUGCAUCAAUUACACAAGGCGCCCAUGUGCUGGACGCAGUCCAUUCCGAGGCAGGCAAGAAGGUAAGCUUUUGAAACAUCGACGCUGUUUUGGUUAUGCAAGUUGGGCCAACUACCCAACAAAGUUAAACUAAUGCAAAUAAUUGGAUAGAUCGCAGCGGGCCGACGCCCUAGCUAAAAACCUCAGAGGAAACCAACAAAAAUGUAGCGAAAAUCGUAACAAUAGGGCACUGACCGUUGCAGCCAAUUUCGAUUCCAAAUGUAAACGAUUUUCGUUUUAGUGGUCCGCUGCAGUGCUUGCAUAAGUUUUGUGUGCGCAAUUCGGGCUAAAUAAGCCAGUGGAAUAAUAACGGCCGGCAUGGGUUAAUGAUGCGACAUGUUAGCCAACGAAACACAGGCAACAAGAGCAAACGAGAUGAAAAAAUGCGUCACGCUUACCGUUAGCAUUCCAAAGAAAAUUGGGUGGCAGAGGGGUGAAAAAUGGGGUUCGGGAAACGUGGGGGCUCCAGCUUGCCAUGGAGAACGCACACGUAUGGCAAACCCCUCCCUGGGGGGUCCCAUCCCAGCGUAACAUCCCAACCCAUCAUGCAUUUCCACUCUCCCACGGAUCGGCUUAGAUUGGCCUGGCCUCCUCCCCGCCGCCCAGCAUGUGGUGCGCUCCCUUUUUUGGCAAAUUUGGUGCAGUGGCAGCAAAAGCGGCAGCGCCUUUCACAAAAUCUAAUCAGCAGGGGAGUGGACUACCGAGGGGAGUGGUGCAAAGGAAGAGAGCAAUUUAAUCAAGCGAAAAAUUAGCAAGGAACAAAAAACGAAGAAAAUAGUUUUUUUGAGAAGUAGAACAUGAUAUACCCUUAAGUAAUUUUACAAAUCUAAGCUUAUUCUAAAUCGGGAUUUCAAUGAAGAUCCCCCACCAAUAACACCUUGAGAAAACUUUUUUUUUGGCCGUAUAAUUUGUAUGAACAUUUUAAGGUUCAAAGGUCCUGCAUUUACCAUACAUUGGUGAAUUCGAGAAAUAUUAUAUGAAUUUUUUUUUAAAUGUGUUUUAGGGUCUACGCAUUGAAUUCAAAGCCUAUAAUCGUGGCCUUUGUCACAAACUUUUAGAUUAUUGCGGAACGCUUAAAACUUAUAAUACAAUGUUUUCGUUUUGUACACCAAAAUCUAUCACAUUAAUCAGUAAGAGUUAUAGAAAAGAUGGAGCGUUACACAAAUUCUAUUGCAGCUAUUGUACUCCUAGCCAAAGUGCAUAAAAAACCCCAUGACUACGGAAAAACUGGCUGCUUGAUUUAAGCAAGUCAGUGGGCGUUGUUCCGCAAAUAAAGCGGUACGGGAGGAGGAAAGUGGAUAAAAGUCUUUCAACAUGGAAAUCUUGUUACGCUGCCAGGCAAUUCUAAUUUUGCAAUCCUCGGUGCGUGUGAGUUUUUCAACAAGAAAAAAGAAAAUAGAAGGUGACCAGGAGAUAGAUCCGCUUGCAUGAGCAAAUUUGAUACCAUCUGUGUACAAUUAGCUGUCAAUAUUGCGCAUGCGCCACUUAUGCAAAAGAAGACGGCAAUCCACGGAGGGGAAACUAUCGGUAAUGGCGUUCGGAGGUAAAACAGCAAAGCAAACAAAAGCAACUGGUGACUGACUCAUUUGCUUAAAAUAUUUUACAACACGCAACACAAAGUCAACAACAACACACGCAACUAUGUCUGACAAAUACAGUAAAAACAUUUUGGCAAGAUUCAACAAAUUAUAAAAAAAUAAAUAAGCAAUUCCUCAAAAACAGCAUGUUAUCGAUAUCUUACAUAGUUAACUAUUAUAAUUUUUCUUUUUGAAGAUAUUCUUUCCAACUUAAAAAUAAUCAAUUUGUCUUUAUCAGAAGCAAGAAAAAGAAACACACUUUCUCAAAUGUAAAUUUGAUCUCGCCAACUUUAUAAAAACAAAUGCUGGUUAAGAGUUUAUAUUUUUUAUAAGGUAGGAAAAAAAGUUAAAUUUAAAAAAAAAGGUCGCAGCUUAUAUAUUGUAAGCAAAUUUCAAAAAAAAGAAUGUCAUUGCAAAGUUUUCGCUGGCAUGGCAUCAUCAAUGUACCUCAAAUCGUCACUCCCCAUUCCCCCAACUAGGCCAAAUGUAUGCCUAUUGGCCCACACCCAGAGCUAUGGAGGCAAUUGCAGCUCUUAUAUAGAUAUAGACACGACGGCCAUAAUCGUAGAAGGAUUAGGCAGAGCCACUAAAUAUUUUUUUGUCGCUUGCUCCACAUUUGGUGCGUUGGGCAAUUUCAAAGGCGGACGAAAAGUCCCAGGGCGAAUGCACUUGGGGUGUUACAUAGCUGUUGUUGCUGCGGUGUACAAGAAAAAAUAUUAAUUACAACUGGAUAUAUGCGACUGAAUUUACGUACCAUUUUU